UUCAAAUAAGUUUUUUCUGUCAUAGGACGCUUUUACGAAAUAAUUUGUUCAAAGAUUUUUAUUUGAGUAAAGCUAUUAUGAAAAGAAAGUAACGAAGAUAAUUUUAAAAUAUAUUAGAGAAGCUUGAGGAGGAUUAUUUUAAUGCCAUGUGAAGAAGCUUUAUGUUGAAAGUAGUCAUGGAUGAAAGGAGGGUAGCAGACUACUUUGUCAUUGCUGGUUUACCUGGUCAAGACAAUGAUUUUGAAAAUGAUAAUGAAGCUCAAGAAAAAUUGGAAGAUUGGUAUCAAGAAGGAACCCAUGUCAAAGAUAUGCAUAUGAAACCUCCAAUCACUGAUCUUGCCAUUAUAUUCCCAGCAUUGGGUGAACAAUGUCCAGAAGGAUAUGUGUUGUUGGAGCACACGGUUUCAGGAUUGCCUGCUGAUUUAAAUCAUGGAAGUUUAAGAACAAAUGAGUGUUAUUUAUGUUAUCGAAGAGGAAGAGACAAACCUCCUUUAGUUGAUAUAGGUGUCAUCUAUGAUGGCAAGGAACGCAUAAUGCAGGAUGCAGAAAUGGUAUUAGAAACUCCUAAAGGACAUUUAGCAAAUGUGAAUAAUUCAACAUCAAGGAUAUUUGUGACGUAUAGACGUGCAAGUCGCAAAAUGCCAUGCAAUUCUUUAGUUGUGACAGACAUAUGUGUCAUUUUGACAAAUAAAGGAGAAACCCCUCCACAUGCUUUUUGUAUUAUCAAUAAAAAUUUGAACAAAGGCAUGUUGGGUAGCGAUGUAUUCUUGUGUUAUAAGAAGUCUAUGAAUCGUGCAAAUUUAAUAUCAUUUAAACCUGCUGUACUGUACAAAUACCCAACGUCUGAUUAUAAUAGUUUUGUUUUCCCAAAUUCUGUUGCGAUGUUUUGUUUACCAAUGGGAGCAACAAUAGAAUGUUGGCCAAAAAUGGCUUGUAAACCAAAACCCGUGUUUUCGACAUUUGUUUUAACUGUUGCUGAUGCAGCCCAGAAAGUAUAUGGUUCAGCAAUAACAUUUUACGAGGAACUCGAAUUAGAAGUGGAUAUACCAAAUUCGAAAGAAAAUCGACAAUUAACUGACAUACUUGCGGAAAAUAUACAGAAUUCUGUUGAACAUACAGAAAUGGAUAAUCUACCUACAAAAAUACAAGCGCUUAAGCAGACUGGAAUACUUAAGAAGCUUACUCAACUGCAAUUGGAAAAAUUGCAGUUGACGGAUCCCGCCACUCAGUCGUUAAAUAUUAGUAAAUCUAUAUGCAUAUUAUCUCACUGGCCAUUUUUCGACACUUUUGAGAAAUUUUUAGUUUUUCUACACAGCAUGGUUAAUAACAAAUCUCAGAACGUUCCUAUUGAAAAAUACAUAGCUUAUUUUUUGUACGAUAUACCGUUCCCGAGUCCACAGAGACCAAGAAUUCUUGUACAAUUAAGUAGUAAAGACAGAUUAAUUUUAACUCAACCGGAAGAUUUAGCGCUACCAAGAUCUGGUGCCAGUUUCCGGCAAUUACUCAUUAAUUUAGGGCCAGAUAAUUGCUUACUUAUAUUGUUAUUAAUAUUAACUGAACAGAAAAUACUUGUACAUUCAUUGCGCCCUGAUGUACUUACAUCAGUCAGUGAAGCUAUUGCAAUGAUAUUAUUUCCCUUCAAAUGGCAGUGUCCAUAUAUACCACUGUGUCCGUUAGGUUUAGCCGAGGUUCUGCAUGCUCCACUACCGUUUUUAAUUGGUGUGGAUUCUAGAUUUUUUGAUCUGUAUGAUCCACCAUCUGAUGUUAAUUGUGUUAAUUUGGACACAAAUAAUAUAGCGAUCUGUGACGACAAGAAAUAUUUAAAUGUCAAAUUAUUACCUAAGAAGGCAGCCAGACAGCUUCGAAAUUGGUUGGAACAUCUCUAUUCGAAACUGAUUUCUUUAGGGAAAAGUUACUCAUCCAUGAAAGACACAGACGACGAAGAAUUCAGUGUCGAUAAGGAAUUUCAACAGAAGCGAAAAGAGCAAGCCUUGGAACUUGAAAUACAAGAUGCUUUUUUAAGAUUUACCGCUACUAUGUUAAAAGGAUAUCGUGCUUUUUUGUUACCCAUCACGAAAGCACCAACGGUUGGCUCAACCGAUCCAACAAGUUUGUUCAACAUACAAGCGUUUCUCAGAAGUCGUGACAAGGCUCACGCGAAAUUUUAUAGCAUGUUAGUGAAGACACAAAUGUUUAUCAGAUUUAUAGAAGAAAGAAGUUUCGUAUCUGAUAUGGACAUGACAGGUUUAGCAUUUUUUGACGAAUGUACUGAACGUGUCGAAGAUGAAAAUGUACAACUUUUGGAAUUGGACGAAUCUCAGCACAGUGAACGAACAGUAUUUAUACCCCCACCCGAAGCUGGUCCGAAUCAGACACCGAUUGUGUAUCGCACAUUUAAAUUAAAUCCUGACCUAAUAAGGCCGCAGAAACAUUUCAACAUGAGAAACGCGAAUUUAAGUGUCUUUGGUAUAAUACCAGGAAGUCCUAUGGCACGAAGGACCAAACAUGAGAUUAAAGUGGCACAAAGGAUGGCACGCAAACAGGCAGCAAUGCCAGAUAGGUGGGGUAGAUGUCUACUUGGAACCUGUUACAGUCUUUGGUUUCUACAUUUACCUGCCAUGUUACAAGUAUCUAAUCAACCAGCUACAGUUUUACAUCAGGCAUAUGAUUUGCUUGUUAAAAUGCCGAAGUUACACCUUGACCCCAUUGAAGAGGUUUGUUAUAGAGCUAUGAUGCAACUUUGCGGUGUUUACGGACAACCUGUUUUAGCUGUAAAAUUAUUAUUUCAUAUGAAACGUAGCGGUGUUCAACCGAAUGCUCUCACGUACGGAUUUUAUAAUAAGGCUGUGCUUGAAGCAACGUGGCCAUCCGAUAUGACUAAUUCGAGCCAAUUAAUGUGGAAUAAAUUAAGAAAUGCUAUAGUUGGAGCUGCACUAUUUAAAAGAGCUGGUAAACGCAGCGCUAGAAGAAGAUUGAGUUCAAAUGCAGAUUUAUUAACAGUCGAUGGUAAAACUACGAAUAUGGAACAUGCAUUUUCUAGAUCUAGUCUUGACAGUUCUCAUUCUCAAGACACAGAAGCUGCGCAUAGUGAUUCUACAAAAGGAAGUUCCACAUCGGAUCUACCGGAAUACGGACCGUUUGAAAUAAAAAAACUUCCACGCCAAAAUAGUAUUGUGAAAGAUACUGCAGCAUUAAAUGCUAUGCAAACGGAAGAACUCAACGAUUUACCUCUUAGUCAAAGGUUGAUUCGGAACUUGGAGUCACCGUUGAAAAGUCCUGUACGCACGCCAGUCACAGAAAACGAUCCGCUGGGCGCUUUAAUUAACGACGAAACACCAAUUGUUUCACCUUCGGAAGAAAACGAUUCAAAUUGCUCAACGUGUACUUUGACUGUCUUUAAUAACAUUGAAGACCGACCGGGAGGACCACUUUUGUUUCGAAGCAACGUUUUGCCCCGUAGUGCAACAUUUCAUCAAACCGUAGAUGAAACUGGAGUACCAAUUAGUGGUCACUUACAGAGAAGUGAAACAAUGCCCCAUUCUGUGGCGCAGCAAGGCGAACAAGACAAAGAAAGAGAACGAAUAGAAUUAAGCAGCCUUUGGUCUCAAAAGGAUAGCGUUACAUCAAGUUUGUCGAGUUUAGGUUCUAGUUUGAAACUGAGUUUUGGCACCACUAGUUUGACAGGGAAGAAGUCGAAUGAGCUAAUACUCGGUGGCUUAAAUAGUUUAAAAUCGGCUGCCACGACGGUGGUAAAAAAAUUUGAUGAAAUUAAAGAAGCUAUUUCUGCGACUAGUACACCCGUAAAAAUUAAAGAGCGGGAAUACAAGAUGAUGCAUGGAGCAUCACAUGAGUCGCUAGAUUCUAUGACAGAUGGAUCUGUACAGGAUCGAAACGAAGCCGCUAGAAUGUCUGGCGAUGGUAACAUAGAUCCUUAUACUCUCUACGAUUUGGCGGAGUGUUUGUAUCCGAAAGGAUCAAGAGAAUUAGACGAACGAAUUGCAGUUGAACUAGUACUCUCUAGCGCUAGCCGAUGUCAUCAUUGCGCCUCCAUACUUUACGAUGAAGAAAUAAUGGCUGGUUGGCAACCAGAGGACUCAAACUUAAAUACGGUCUGUCAGUACUGCGACAAAGCGACAGUACCUCUACUUACUAUUACGAUAUUAGAUUACAGAUGCGAAGAAAACGAACGGAAGAACGAUCCUCUAAUGGGAGCACUAGUUGAACUUCUGGAUAAACCAAAGGAGUUAUUAGAACCUACCACAGUGCCAUAUUUGAACCCUCUAGUGCUAAGAAAGGAAUUAGAAAGUGUCUUAAGUCAAGAAGGUGAUACAUGUCUUACGAAGCAUAAAUUCAUUGAGGAACACCCAAUAGUGUAUUGGAAUCUCAUAUGGUACUUCGAAAGAAUUAAUUUGACAAGUCAUCUGCCAGAUCUAUGGUUGAAUAAGGAUAAGAAACAUGAACAAAUAAACUAUGGUGCAGUAGGUGUCAGAACCAUGUGGGACAACGAGAGACUGUAUAUGGAUCGUUUACCUAUGUACCUUCAAUGGAAGCUCAAUGUUGCAGAGGAUAAAACGUUAAUGCAGUUAGUGAUUACGAACGUUCGUCGAAAUGAUUUAGCUGAACCUAUUAAAAGAGUGGCCUUAGAAAGAAGCAGAAAUCAAGCACCUGACCAACCUCUAUUUUCUAUAUAUCGUGAUAUCUUGUUUUUGGCAUUUACCGUUUUGGGUAGAGGGAAUAUUGAUCAAGGUGUUUUCGACAGAGAAUAUACUUUAUCACUAGAGAGAUUAACAGAAGGAGAGGAGAAACUGUUGUGUAAAAUUGAUGCCCCGCCCUCAAUGAUGUCAGUGUUUUGCAGACAUUAUUUUAAGCAACUAAGCGUGUAAAAAUAAAGUAAGAGGUAUUAAAAAAGGUGUAAUAUAUUGUGAAAAUGAAUAGAACAUUCUGAAGAAAUAUUAUAGAUUUAUCUGUUCAAGUCUGAUUUCGAAGUUCGUAGCGAAUCAAUUAUUUUUUUAGAUAAACGUACGCGAUUAUUUUCAUUCGCAUACCGCACCAGCUACGGUUUCUUCAUAAAAUUUCCG